AUGCUGGUAACGUACGACUCCAAGACGACCUCUCCUCACCCCGUCUACCGUAAGCUCGAAAUACGGUUAACGGUAAAUGAAGUUAUCACAUCCAUUGAGGAUCAGGUGAUUGGUGGCAAGCAAGAGCUCCAGGAAAGAAAUGAUGCACUCCUUACGAAGCUUCUUUCCAAGGACCCAGGCAUAUGGGUCCCCAAGUUCCACGAGGCACUGAAGAACAUGAAAAGAAUAGAUAUCUACCGUUUUUUGCAAGAGGUCAAGGGGCCAUCUCAUGGUAAUCAGGAUACCCAGUUUCAACAGUCUGCAUGUGUCGCUCAGCCUUCAGAAGAGACCAACAAGAGAGUCAAGGUGAGAGUCAAAAUGGAAGCUAUGUCCCCCAGGCAUCGGCAACUCACUGCCCAGAAAGCACAAAACAUUGAUUCAGUGUUGAUUCAGUGUGGAUCCAAUGUUUCACUGUUGACGGAGGAUGUCCCGUACAAAGAGUGCGAGGACAUGGAGACUUGCAGUAAAAAACCUCAAGUGGAAUGUUUCAAGAAAGAUGGGAUCAACAUCCUCAAGGAUAUCAAGGUUGGUGUCAGGAAUACAUACAAGCCUAAAUAA